AUGCUCUCGUUCAACACAUACAUUUCUCUAAGUUUUCUGGUGCCUGUGCUGUUCGUUCUGGACUAUGCUCACGUCUACCGUGAAUACUUCACGAUCGUGGUAGAAUUGACGAACUCCUCGCUCUUCCGCCUGCUGGGGGUCAAUGCCUUCAUCGCGAGUACCUUUCUGUUUUGGUUUGUCACGUGCCGCGCAUUUUUUGGUCGGUUGAACCACACUGAAAACGAGUUGUUGCGUGGCUCCAUACCGUUGCAUAUUGCCGAGUGUGUUGUUGGACCUCUCUACUUUGGGGUGUCGCUGCUGGGCACUUGCGGCGUGGCCGCGUUGUUUACGGUGGUCGUAGCCCUGUUGCACGGCGUCGCACGAGAACGGGCCACGACACUCCACAUAGUGGAAUCGCCACGCGAACGACUGCUUAUGCUGAGUGGAUUGACGUUUUUCCUUUUUUUGGCCAUGCCGUUGGAUCUAUGCGUUGUAUUUGAUGUUUUUGUGAACACUGCAAGAGAGUCGGAUAUGGAUUUAACGCUCAAGUACUCGGUGGCCAUCAUGUAUCUGCAGUUUGCUAUAUCCAACCUUAGCCUUCUUGUGCGUCUCUUUUUUCAGGAGGUGAUUGGGGAGGCUGAUCAUAGCGCGCUUGCCUUCUACGCCGAGCUGUUUUUCUCCCUCAUUAAAAGUGCCGUCUUCAUUGUCUCCUUUACGUAUGUGUGCUUUGUGUCGCAGCCGCCAUUCCCGCUGCUGCGGGUGCUGAUUGGGAGCGCUGUCGACGUCGUCAAGAGGCUGCAGAGUCUGCUGACGUACCUCUCGCUUACGAGAUUUGUGCACAGCAUUAAAAACGCGACAGACGAGGUUUUGGCGCGCGACUCCUGCUGCGCCAUUUGCCAGGACGAUAUGAGGUCUGAACAGAAUUGCAAGCAACUUCCCUGCGGUCACUGCUACCACGAGCACUGCCUACGGCGGUGGUUUGAGGGGAUGUCGACGUGCCCGUACUGUAGGGCGGAUCUUAUGCAGCACAUGCGGCGGUCGAACACACCUGUGCGAUUUGCCCACGCUCCCGAUCACCGUAGACCGGCUGCUAACAACAACGAUCUUCCCAUCAACGAUGCCGUUCCGCCGCCAGCACCUCCUCCUCCUACUACUACUACUACUAAUCUCCGACAAGGAAGGGAUGUUGUGGAUGAUGCACCUCACAACUUUGCCCGCGAGGCAUAUCAACCACCUGAGGAGGAGGAAAUACUACGAGCUUACAGGCUGUACCGUGCUAAAAUGACUUCAACCACGGUGAGUGAGGAGGAACGCUUAAAUCAGUUUGGGGGACGGUUGCAUGGGCCCGCCAAUUCCAGAGGCAUUGAUAUCCCGCGUUCGGAAUCUCACGCAGAGGCCACCACGUGUGAGCCUCUAGUUGCCGCAGCCGGGGGGGCUAGCUCUGCUUGUUGUACUGCGGAGAGUGCGAAGGAAGGGCUUGUUAGGGAAACAAGUACUACUGGUGCAAAUGCACAAGUGCGUGAGCGAGAAGAUCAACUAUUACGUGCCUACAUGGAAUAUGAGGAAACUAUUCGGAUUGCGUCUCAGACGCUGCAACAACGUUUAUCGGAGAUUGAGACAACAUUCUAG